AUGGGAGGCAUGAGGAACAAAGUGUCCAAAGGUGUAAAAGGAUAUUGGCCAAGGAGAGGCUAUCACCGGCUUGCCAACGACGAGCCUAGAUCAAAGCGGUCGUGGAGGAUCAGGAUACCGUCAAGGCUGAAAAUCAAGAUUCGGUUUAAGUUCAACCCGAGUAAGUUUAUUGCUAGGAUCCAUGAUGGUUAUGUGAGGAUGAUGACUAGGGUGGCGAAUUCCCCUUCGGUAAGUAGGGGAGCAAUAAACGGAUACGGAAUAGGAGGGAGGACUCAGUUUGGGUUGAGAACGUUGAAGGAAUACGACGACAAGAUAAUUAUCGAGAUGUACAAGUCAUUGGCAAUGAAGCAGGCUCAACUAAUAGCACUUGAUCAUCAGGUCAUCGAGCGAGCUCCCCAGAUAACUUGUUCCGGGUAG